UAGAGGUUUCGUCGAUGAAGGCCAAGACGCACCCACCACCACCCACUUUGCCGACUCCAUGGAUCCCCCACCACCUCCGGCGCCGGCGGUGUUCUCCGGCUUCCUCCCCUCGGCCUCCCUCAUCGAAUCCCUCGUCCAUGUCUCGGCCGAGGUGGCGUCGAUGGAACCCCUUCACUUCCUCCAAUCCCGCAACCUCUCCUCCACGAUUCGGAGAAUCAGACUCAUCCUAUCGUUCUUCGAGGACAUCCGAGACUCCAACACUCCCCUCCCUCCCUCCUCCAUCCUCUGCCUCACCGAGCUCUUCUCCGUCAUCCGUAAGACCAAGUCCCUCAUCGACGAGUUCACCUCCGGCAGCACCCUCUGGAAUCUCGUCCAAACCGAGCUCUUUUCCCAACAGUUCCAUUCGUGUGCCAAAGAGAUGGGCCGGGCUCUCGACAUCCUCCCCUUGAGCCUUCUCGACCUCACCGUGGAUAUCCGCGAGCUGGUCGAGCUCCUCCACAAGCAGGUCAGGCGGGCUGACAUGUUCCUCGAUCCCCAAGAACUGAGGCUAAGGGAAGAGCUCUUCCAAGUGAUGGCCAAAGACACCGGAGACGGCGAUGACCAUAGCAAGAGCACCGGUAGAAGUUUUUUGGAUCGCAAGAAGGUGCAGGAGAUCAUGAGGAGAGUUGGAUUGCGGACUGCGUCGGACUAUGAAGAAGAGAUAUCGAAGCUCGAGGCCGAGAUCCCAAAGCAGGCGGGCACAGGUGGCCUCGUCGCCAUCUCGAAUAUUAACACUCUCAUUGCCCUCGUCUCGUACUCUAACUCGGUAAUCUUUCGUGGCGGCAGUGAGUCAAUCAAUCAGGAACCGAAGCAACAAUCGAUGGCCAUCCCUAAAGGCCACCUUAGCUGGUCGUCGACUUGGUCGGCGUCAUCAGCUCUCUCGUUUGACUUUCCCGAUGAGUUCCGGUGCCCGAUCACCCUUGACUUGAUGCGAGACCCUGUGAUCGUUUCAUCGGGUCACACCUAUGACCGGAGCUCGAUAGGUCGCUGGCUCAACUCCGGCCACCAUUCCUGCCCGAAGAGUGGCAAGAAGCUAGUUCACAUGGCCCUGAUACCAAAUUACGCACUCAAGAGCUUAAUAGAUCAAUGGUGCAAGGAGAAUAACGUCCCUUCCUCGUUUUGGGAUCGAGAGAUUGGUAACGGUAACGAUAACAGAAACUCCCACGCCAUGGAUCACAUCUCAGCUACGAGAGCGGCGACGGAGGCCGUCAGGAUGACUGCGGAGUUCUUGGUGGGGAAACUGGCGAUGGGCUCACCGGAUAUUCAACGGCAGGCGGCUUAUGAGAUACGGUUGCUGGCCAAGACCGGAAUGGAUAACCGCCGGAUCAUCGCCGAGGCCGGUGCAAUUCCAUUCUUGGUUACCCUACUCGUGUCUCCGGAUUCUCGGACCCAGGAGGACGUGGUCACUGCGUUGUUCAACCUCUCCAUCCUCGGCAACAACAAGACCCUCAUAAUGGCGGCCGGGGCGAUCGACGCUAUCAUCACCGUCCUCCAGAAGGGAACCGCCAUGGAAGCACGGGAGAACGCAGCGGCGACCAUAUUUAGCCUUUCCAUGGUGGAUGAGUACAAGGUUGUGAUCGGAGCACGGCCGGGGGCGAUCGCCGGGCUGGUGGGGCUCCUCAGGGAAGGGACAGCGGCAGGGAAGCGCGACGCGGCCACCGCGCUCCACAACCUUGCUGUGUACAGCGCGAACAGGGCUGGGGUGCUGGCUGCUGGGGCGGUGCCGGUGCUGGUGGACUUGCUGACGGACGACAAGGCCGGGGUGACCGAUGAUGUGCUCGCGCUACUGGCCCUUCUUUGUGGGUGUGAAGAGGGGAUGAAGGAGAUUGGGGACAGCAGGUUGGUGGUGCCCAUACUUGUGGAUCUCCUGAGGUUUGGGUCUCCAAAGGGGAAGGAGAACUCUAUAUCGGUGCUGUUGGGGUUGUGCAGGGAUGGAGGGGAGGAGAUGGGCAAGCGUUUGUUGAUGAAUCCUCGGAGUUUUCCGUCUCUCCAAAGCUUGGUUGCCGCUGGAUCUCCCAAGGCUAGGAGGAAGGCUGAGGCCCUCCUCAGAUUGCUCAACAGAUGCUGCUCGCAGUCUCACAAUCCUAUUGGAUGAUGAUUCUUCUAAGCUUCGGAUCCUCUCAAAUCCUGAGUUGUUGAACUAAUUGAGAGUCGACUCCUGCAAUCACGGCCACCCUUCUUUUGCUGCGGUACAUGGAAGCUGCUGCAUCAUGGCUCACGUGCAGAAUGUGGACAGCCGUGAUUGCGUAACACAAUUGUUCUUGGAAGUGCUGGGUAAUUCAAUCCGUAAGAAGAUUUGUAAGUGCAUAUUGUGUGCAUGUGGUAUACUUUGGUUUACCUGUAACUAAGCAUUUUCGGAGUUCCCUUGCAAUGCAGCAGCUUGCCAAAUUGUCGGGCUGAUGCGAUGCGAGAAGGUCGCUUGUAUGUCUCGUUGUAUGGGGUGAUUGAUUGGAUUCUGGAAGAAGAAUGUAAUGGAUAUUAA